UAUAGUUUCAUCGUUGGAAUUGUUGCUAGAGCCAUUGUUAGAUAUUUGGAUCAUAAAGAUUUGGCAAUUAAGACCAGAAUAUUGUAAGAACUAUAACCCUUAUUCAGCAAAUAUUCAACAAGCUCUUCCAACGAACCUGGAUCAUCAACUCAAACAGUUACUUCAGACCAUGGUAAAUAUGUUGGCCAAAUCCAAAGAUCUUCAAGAAGUGCUUGGUGAAAUAGAUCAAACUUUACUUGAUCUAGAAAAUGGCAGCCCAGUUGGAGUUGGAAUUGAAAAAGAUAAGCAUCUAAUAUCUGGUUAUUUUCAAGAAUUGGCAAAACCAAGUGAUGCCAAUAACGCUAUUAAAAAUAAUACAGAUGUUAGAUAUAUAGAUUUUAAUGAAUUGAAUCGAGAUGAUAAAAUGAUAGUUGAAAACUCACCUGACAUGUUUUCUAGAAUGAAUAAAGUUACAUUCAGGACAAGUU